AUGGAUGAAGAAUGCGACGUCAUAGUGCUCGGAACGGGCCUCAAAGAAUGCAUUCUCAGCGGCCUCUUCACCUCUCAGUGGAUGGUCUCAAGAUCGAUUGAAAUUCUAAGUGAGCAGUUGUUAGGGAAAAUCUCAAGAGCCUUGAAGCUUCUGAUUCUUCCAGAGGGGAAAGGCAUAAGGGUGGCGGUGGGAGGCGCACACAAGGGGAUUCGAACUGGUGCCAUGGGGUUUUGCAAAUAA